AUGAAUAGUCAAAGAAACAAAUAUAAGCGUGGUCAAAACUUUAGCACGGAAGAAGAGUUUUUGCUCAUUACUUUGGCGGCCGAGCAGAGACAGAUUUUCGAAAAUAAAAAAUCGGAUGCCGCGACUUGGAAAGAAAAGGAAUUGGCGUGGGAAAAUCUAGCCGUCAACUAUUCGAACAAGUCUGGGAUUAAGCGCAGUGGUCUUAGCCUGAGAUCCAAGUACGAGGCCUUGAAAAAGAAACUUGGAGCUGGGCUGCCUUAUGGACAGCCUCCCACAACCCCAUCCGUUUCAGAUAAACUAAAAGAGAUCCUUGCAAAUGAGGACACAGGUGGCGACAACUCAGACAGCGAUUGUGUUAUGAAUGAGCUACAGACGGAUGGACUUUCAGAAUCUAUUGGAGAUAUAAUCGAGUUCAACGAGGAGAACUCCAGUGAAACUGCGACUUCCAAACCAAGUAAUCCGAUUCACUUUGAGGCGAAAUUGGUUGCCCCACCAAAAAGUCCAAACGGAAAAAUGCAGGCGAAAAAACCCGACAUUGGCAGUCAACUUCAAGAGGAAAAAUUACUUUUAAUUAGGGCACAGCGUAAUUUCUAUGAACAGGAAAAUAUACGAGCACAGGAAAAGCACUUGGAGGAAAUGGAAACAUUGAGCGCGAAACGCCAAUUACUUUAUUUAGAAAUUGCCGAAAAAAAACGGAAACUUAGCGAAGCUCCAAGGGAAUGAUGAAUUUAUAAUUUAGCUUAUUCUAAGUCUGCAG